AAGUUGGGCUACAACAGCGGAACUACCCUCCUCAUAUUAGGAGGACAAACUCACCUGAGGUGUUGUACGCUAAUGCAACAUUGAUAAUGCCAACUGCCGACAAACCUCAAAGAAGAAGACUUUGCUUUACAUAGCCUUUAAAGUUUUCGCUGUAAAACGCGCAUCAUGCCGUUCACUGUAAAGAGCAUCAAAGUCACCUACAACCCUGUUAAUCAGGAAAACAUUUUCACCAAUGGCGACUGCGUUUCGGGUCUAGUCACGAUGGAAGUGGCCAAAGACUUCCAAAUCGACUCCCUGUCAAUUAAAUUCAAGGGGAAAGCCGACGUUUUGUGGACCGAGAGGUACGGUAAAACUACUGUCGUGUACCACUCUAAGGAGAAGUACUUCAGCAUUAAACACGACUUCAUUCGAGACAAAAAUCUCAAAGGAGAUGACAACCAAACCCUACUGACAAACCAGAAUGGAGAAACAUACAGCAGUGUUGUUGCCCCAGGAUGCCAUGUUUACCCAUUCACCUUUCAGAUCCCUUUCCAGAAAAUGCCCUCCUCCUUCACUGGUUCCGAUGGUAAAAUUGUGUACUCACUGGAAGCCAAGCUGGGCAGAUCAAUGAGGAUUAGCAAGAAAGAUUCAACCAAGAUAAACUUUGUGUUGAAGGCAGACCUGAACAGUGACCCUUGGCUAAUGACACCACAGCAUGGGUCUAAGGAUAAGAAAAUGAAAGUUUUCACCUCAGGAACAGUAGCAAUGGAUGUGAAUCUUGAAAAAACAGGCUUUUUCCAAGGAGAGGGAUUAAAGGUUCUGACCUUCAUUCAGAACAACUCGUCUCGUGAGGUCAAGCCAAAAUACUUUGUGUACAAAAAGCACAGCUUCUUUGCAAAAGGGAAGAGAAGAGUCCACACUAAAGACCUCUUAAAAGAAGUGGGAGAGCCCAUCCCUCCUUCUGCUAACGAGAAGGUCUCAAGAGUCAUCACCAUCCCCCAUGAUUUGGAGCCCUCCAUCCUCAACUGCAAUAUCAUCAAAGUAGAGUACAGACUGAGGGUCUACCUCGAUGUCAAAUAUGCUUCAGACCCAGAGAUCAAAUUUCCUAUAGUCAUCCUGCCGGCUUCUCAGGUUGCAGCCAUGGCACCACCACCACCUGCUGCUUCUGGCUUUGGAUUCGAACCAUUUGGGAAUACAGACCCACCAGCAUGGGGCAUUGUACCACCACAACCACCAGCAGCACCCCAAUCUUUGGCUCCCCCACCUCCCUAUGGAGCAUAUGGAUUGUACCCUCCUUUGACCGAUUUUGGCAAUAAAUCUCAGUAACGUGACUGUGAACUUUUUCUUAAAUAAUGCUGUCAAUUUUAGGCUUAUUUCAACCAAACCAGAGUUGAUGUUUGUUAGUCCUUCCACUGUAACAACAAAGAUGGUUUUGUUGGCUUUGAUAUUGCUUCAAUCCACUUUGACUGAAGAUUUGUUACGGAGGAUCUGCAAAAAAUUAUGUUGUUUUUUAUGGAAUCUGGUGGCUAAGGGAAGCAAAAUAAUGGCUGUUUCAAAAUAACCAAAAAGGAUCUUACUGUUUAACAACUUGUAGUGGAUGUCUGCUACUUUGACAGCGCAUUUAUCCCCAAGGAUGAUGUUGCAGCCAUUGGAGCCUGUUUCACGGUGUCCAGCUGAGGCACAGAGCCAGAUUACAUUUGUAAAUUGAAGGUUUUUUUUUGACCAAACCAGAGUUGAUGAUUAUUGCAACAGUGGAAAGACUGACAAACAUGGUUUUGGGGAGUUCUAUUUUGUGUCCGUCCAAUUUGAAUGAAGUGGGUCUGAGAUGCUGGUGCUUGACAGCUUACAUCUGAAAGGAAAACUAGUAAUAGAAAAGGAUUUGCAGGUGCUGCUUUUAUCAAAUUGUCAACCUGCAGUAUAUCACUGUCACAAUGUGAAAUUUUGUUAUGCUGUCCAAAGUUUUUACACUGUGCACACAUUGUAAAACUAUAUACAUAAACAGGCACACAUGUAAUUUCAUAUGUUUUUGGUUAUAGCAACAAUAUAUUUACUGCUGUUAAAUCAUUAUAAAUUCUUUGUCUUGUGCAAGAGGGUAUUUGUUUUCUUAAAGUGAGAUUUUUCUUUGACAAUUAUCUGGUCAGAGUGAACCUGUUGUGCCACCAUCCCCUGAUAUGAUCUGUACCUCUUUUGUCCUACAUACAGUGGUAUUGGACAAUAGCAAUAAAAUGUCAUCUAUAA